AUGGAGCAGCCAAAAAAGAGGGGAGACCAACCUGAGUGGACCUGCGAUGCCAACUCGGACAGCGAAUUCCCUCAACUAGAACUGCACAAGCAUCGAUGGUUCAGCUCGGAACGGGAGGAACAGCACCAGUCGAGAUCAAGAUCCCAAUCCCCAUCGAGUUCCAGAUUAAUAUCUCAAUCUAGGAACCAGUGGCAAAUCAACAACGGCAGCACGGUAUCUGCUCACCCUGGGUCAUCUAGCCUAAAGAAACAGAACAAAAGCGGAGGACCCCAGACCAAGACGGGCUCUCUCCAGGCCAAGGAAUCAAAAGACCCGCAAGCCGCCGGUCGGACAAGCAAAAAUCAGCUAGGUUACACCCUCUACGCGGAUGACAUCACUCUAUGGGCCACGCGCGGGUCUCUGGCCAGCAAGGAGCAGACCCUGCAGGAGGCGGCCCUGGUCGUAGAAAACUUUGCCAGAGCCAGCGGUCUCAGCUGCGCCCCCGAAAAGUCGGAGCAGUCAAUACCGGUGGCGCCUUGUGGGCUCGGCGGCUGUGCACAGACGCAGACCGCUAAUCCAUUCACUCUUGUCAUGCAGGUUAGUAAAGCUUACAGUCUUUUUUCUAAGAAGUCUAGCAAUCGUUUCCUGCUUCAGCUGCCGAGCCCGCACUGCUGCCUUCUUGUCGCUCUUGAGUGUUCUGAUGUAAUUCGUGCUUUGUUGAUGAUGUCGGGUGAUGUCGAAAGCAACCCGGGCCCGGACUCCGAUGCUUUACUAGCUGAAUUGAAGAACUUGUCUGCUGGACAGUCGCAAUUAAUCAGUCAGGUUCAAGACCUGAAAACUCAUCUAGUGUCGACGGACAAAGCUAUUGCUGAUCUGGGCAGGCACAUGACUGAUCUAGAGGGGCAUUAUCAAAAUCUUGUCUCCCUACGCUCUGACUUCGAAACCGUGAAAACGUGUACCGCUCAAGUGGCCACCGUGGUACACAGGCUUGAAACGCGUAUUGAUGACGCCGAGAACCAGUCACGACGCAAUAAUCUUAUUUUUUAUGGCCUCCCUGAAUCAACUGGAUCAGAGACGUUUGCCCAGACCGAGCAACUUAUCAUCAAGCACUGCCAGGAUCAUUUGAAUAUUUGUAUCGAGCUGAAAGAAAUUGAGCGCGCACAUCGUCUCGGUCAUCGCACAGAUACUAACCGCCACCGUCCUAUCAUAGCGAAAUUCACCUUCCAUAAAACAAAAGAAUUGGUUCUUUCUAACGGCCGCAAGUUCAAUGGAACCAGCUUCGGCGUUGGAGAGGAUUUCUCUCGUUCCGUACAAAACGCUCGCCGGCAUCUCGUUACUUUCGCUAAAAGCAAAUCAUUACCUUUCUCUCUGCGAUUCAAAACACUGCAUAUGGGCCAUAAGCGCUACGUCUACGACGAGCAAACACAAUCUGUCAAAGAAAUAAUAUAG